UUUUGACCGGUAUUCUACAAGCCAGCUCACCUUGAUUUUCCGUGAGAGUCUGACACUCUUGUGGUCUCCAAACCUGAGUCUAAUGCAUGUGAGCAGGUUCCAAAUGAGCCAAGGCGGAUAUCCGCCGUAUUAAGUCAACUUUGGUUGGUUAGCUUCUUGAGUUUUUUAAGAGAAGUUCAGCGGAUGAGUGCGUGCAUAAAGUAGUGUAGAUUGAAGCAGUUAAUCUUAAGUUGACCCUUUCAGAGGUCUUCUGUAAUGCUUCAUCAAGAUCGUUGUUAGAAGUACAUAACAACAGAAGAAAGAGGAGCUUAUAUUUGUGUUGAUCUAGUCUGUAAUUAUCUGAAUCUUAAUGGCGGUUGCACUCGAGCUGCAAGGAGAAACCCUAGGUGAUGAUCGAGAGCAAAGCUCACAUGAGGGAACGUCUUUUACCAAACUGCUGCUACAACUUCCUAGGCUCAAACAUUAUAAGUGGUGGCUUCGUGUGGUCACCUAUAUUCUGUUUCUUCUUGCCGGCCAAUCUGCAGCCACUCUCUUGGGAAGAUUAUACUAUGAUGAAGGUGGGAAUAGCAAAUGGAUGGCAACAUUUGUUCAAUCAGCAGGCUUCCCAAUUUUAGUUCCCCUCCUAUUUUUGUUCUCACCAUCCAUAGCAUCCACCUCAACCACUUCCUCAGACAUUUCCUCUGCCACUGCCACACCACCACCUCUUUCGAAGCUCGCUUUACUCUACCUCGCCUUCGGCCUCCUAUUGGCAGGUGAUAACAUGAUGUAUUCAUAUGGACUCUUAUACCUCCCUGUCUCUACUUAUUCACUUCUAUGCGCAACCCAGUUGGCCUUUAAUGCUUUCUUCUCCUUCUUCCUCAAUUCACAAAAGUUCACACCUUUUAUUUUCAACUCUCUAGUCCUUGUUACCAUGUCAGCAUCCCUUCUUGCAGUCAAUGCUGACUCUGAAAACACUGAUGCUGGAGUCCCUAAAGGAAAGUAUGUAAUUGGAUUCCUUUGCACUCUCGGUGCAUCUGCAACAUUCUCAUUAUACCUCUCCCUAGUGCAGCUGUCUUUCCAGAAGGUAAUAAAAAGGGAGACCUUCUCUGCUGUCCUGAAUAUGCAAAUAUACCCGUCGCUAGUCGCAACAUGUGUGUGUGUCGCAGGACUUUUUGCAAGCGGAGACUGGAAAGUCUUGGGGAAAGAGAUGAAGGAAUAUGGAAAAGGAAGGGUAUCCUACUUGAUGACUCUGAUUUGGACGGCUGUGACAUGGCAAAUUUCUUCAGUGGGGAUGUUGGGGUUGAUCGUUGAGGUAUCAUCUCUCUUCUCCAAUGUCAUUGGUACAUUGGCUUUGCCUGUUGUUCCCAUUCUUGCAGUAAUAUUUUUCCACGACAAGUUGAAUGGGGUGAAGGUGAUGGCCCUGCUGUUAGCCAUCUGGGGCUUUCUUUCUUACAUCUAUCAACAUUACCUCGAUGACUCUAAAUCCCAGGCAAAUAAAACCGGCAAUGGUGAGCCUUCCGAGGCUGUCAUAGAGGUCUGUUAAUGGAACUACAAUUAUUAUAAGAAAAGCUAUGUAAAACCCAGGAUUUUCAUUGUGAAAAAGAAGAGAACUUUCUCUGCU